CAAAGAUUUUUCACUUGCCCAGCAUUUUGACGAGCUGCUCUUGAGAAGUUCAUCAGACCCCAGUCAUUCAUACCUAAUUUCUUCAGAGAUGGCCUACCCAACAACACUAGAGUUAAUUGGUGGUCAAACGGGUCAUCCAUUUUCAUUUACUGGUGAAAAAAGUGGUGCCAGUUUAGAGAAGAUCUGGGUUUGGGUGGGAGGAUGGCAGAUCAAGGCUGUCAGGGCUUGGCUUUCAGAUGGUAGAAAUAAAACCUUUGGAGAACCAUCUGGACCACAUCAAGAGUAUGUGUUUACCCCUGGAGAGUGUAUCACCUCACUGUCCCUCUGGGGGAACGGAGCAGGAACACGUCUCGGAGCCAUCAAAUUCAAGACCAGCAAUGAUGGAAAUUUUUUUGUAAAAAUGACAGAUUGGGGAUUAAAACAAGAAUAUCCCAUUGAUGUCGGCUCUGGUUAUUGUCUUGGCAUCGUUGGAAGAUCAGGUGGAGACAUCGACUGCAUGGGGUUCAUGUUUCUUAAUGCCGUUCAGUCUACAGUUCUCACCAAUGUUAACUAUCCCACCAUCAACCAGCAGAUGGCAGAGGUGGCAGCAGACGAAAUCAAGUCGUUGACUUUCGAGAACAAAACAUCUUUAACUCAACAGCAAUCAAUCGAAAGCUCAAAGAAAGUGAUCAAAACAUCUUCAUGGUCUAUGGAUAGCAGCCUUUCAACAACAUUCAGCAUGGAAGUGAGUGCUGGGAUUCCAGAAGUUGUCGAAGUUUCUUCAGGAUUCAGUGUCAGUGUUGGAACAGAAAGCACCCAUAGUCUUGCGGAGACAGAUGAGAGAAGCAAAACUCUGACCUCCACUAUUGAUGUCCCACCACAGAAGAAGGUGACUGUUGGCAUCACCAUUGGCAGAGCUGAUUUUGACCUGCCGUACACUGGCACAGUGAAGAUCACUUGCAAGAAUGGCAGUGUGUUACAGUACGAAACCAAGGGCAUAUACAAAGGCGUCGCUUACACCGAUGUCAAAGAGAAUAGUGUAGAAACAGAUCUCUAAUAUCAGUUGAUUUACCUUUAUUAGGGUCUAUUAGAUUUCUGUCUAUGCUCUCUGUCCUCUGAUCCAUUUUAUUGAGUCUUUACUUAAUGACUUUAAAAGGAUUAAAUAUAUAUACAGCAUUGUUUUUUUAAAUAAACAUUAGAUGCUGUUACAAAAUGGUCAUAUAGCAUCAUAGUUUCCGAAUGUUUUUCACAGAUCAUGAUAUUUACUUCAUGUAAUACUUUCAAAUGUUAAAUCAGACUUUUAAUAAAAAUCAUUUAAAAUUAA